CUCUUUACACACACACACACACACACACACACACACAUAUCAAGCGAGACUUUGGUUCUCUCGGCUCUCAGAGAGCACAGCAGAGCAAGUGUUGGCUGUCUCGGAAGAGGAUAAGCCGCAAUGAGGUGAUAAGUGAGCUGCUCUGGACCACGUCUGGCAAAUGUCCCAAUAUCCAUUACACUGUUAGAAAAUAGACGAGCAAACAUUACCCACCACCCACUGACGCAAACACAGGUGUCCCUACAGCCAUAGAAGAUGCAGUUGAAGCCAAAGAGAUACCAUAGACCACCAAGAAUCAGCCUCAUAGACAGAAAGCUGUUUGACAGCCAUCAGACAUUUCAGCAGCCAGGCAUAGUGCUGAUUUGCAAUUCCCAGUAGCAGCAUUUGUCAAGACACAAAUGUUGUUCAACCAACUUCUUGUAAAACUUCUUUGAUUAAUAUUGUCAUCAAUGUAAAUGGAAAUGCUGGUGUGGUCGAGUCACAGGAAAGCUAUGGUUCACGCCCAUCAAGAACAGCAAACAGUAAAGUACAUUAGCAGCUAAGGCAGAAGAACUAUUUGGAGAGAAAUGGACACAGAGGGAUCACAUGUGGCCAAGCUCUUAAAUCACAUUUGACCAUGGAGACAUUGAGAUUAGAUUGUAUGCACCAUAAUAAAUUGGAGCAUCCAAACACUCUGAGUAAACAUAUGUAAUAGCAUAAUAUGGGAGCGUAUGGCUUCCAAUGUGAAUGUCCUGUUUGCAAAAAAGUGAGACCUCUAAUCUAGUUUAAAACUGAAAAGAAAACACAAUUGUUUGCAUAAAGCUCCAGCAAUGAUGUCAUCAGAUGGAUGAAUGCCUCCAGUGAAGCAACAGUAAUGAUGUUGUCACAAGUGAUGCUGGGUGUUACCCUGUCCCUUCUCAUCCUUCUGACUGUCAGUGGUAAUGUGCUGGUGUGCCUGGCUGUCUGCGCCUCUCGACGCCUCCGCUGCCUCACCAACUGCUUCAUUGUGUCACUGGCGGUGACCGACUUGCUGCUCGGCCUCGUGGUCCUCCCUUUCUCUGCCCUCCUCCAGCUUAACAACGAGUGGCCACUCGGCCCAGCCUUCUGCAACUUCUACAUCUCAAUGGAUGUCAUGCUGUGCACCGCCUCCAUCCUCACCCUCCUGGCCAUCAGCGUUGACCGCUACCUGGCAGUGACCAGGCCUCUGAGAUACGCCUCACUGGUGUUACCAUGGCGAGUUGCUGUGGCCAUGGCCAGUGUUUGGGCAGUGUCUGUGGCCGUGUCUUUCUUGCCCAUCCAAAUGGGAUGGAACACAGUUAAUGGGACAGUGCAGAACCACGGGCCUUCGGCUUCAGAGGGAAAAUGUCGCUUUGAGCUGAACAGACCCUACGUACUGACAGACUCUCUUGUCACUUUUUACCUGCCUCUGGUGGCUAUGUGCUGGACCUACCUCCAAAUACUUCGCAUUGCAAGGGCACAGGCCAAACGAAUUAUCAGUGCCCGGCCCACAUGCAUCACCAGCUACAACUGCAGGAACAAUCCUUCCACCAGUACCACUGUGGUUUCCAGUGUUACAGCAGUGGCUCUGCGGGAGCACAAAGCCACAGUGACACUGGCAGCAGUGAUAGGGGCUUUUGUGGUGUGUUGGCUGCCAUAUUUCAUCCUGUUCACAGUGUUGGGUCUAAAGGAGCAUCCAGAUCCAAGCACAGUACCAGAAUUCCCCAUUGUUUUGUGGCUGGGUUACGCCAACUCGGCCCUCAACCCUAUCCUCUAUGGAGCCCUCAACAGGGACUUCAGGUCAGCCUACUCCCGUCUAGUGAGAUGCCGAUGCCCUACCUACAGUGGGUGGAAGAGCCGACAGCCAUCUCCCACUGUGACAGCAGCCAGAGACCAGUUUACAGAGGUGACACUGUUGUGUGGCCACACCCCUGGCGCCUGCAGGUCAGGUCUAACAGAGCAAAACCUAAUGCUUCGAGAAAUAAACAGCGGGACAGCCACAGCAACUAUCCAAUUUGCAAAUGGCACUGCUGCCACAGAUGUCAAUGGCAAUGAGAGGUCAUGCUGAGCCUGUGCUGGUGAGGUGGGUGAUUUGUUGACUUUUCUGCGGUUGCAACCAAGAAUCAGAAUCCAUCAGUCUAAGAAGAAAGAUGGAUAGAGAUUUACAGUCCCUAUAUUUGGAAGCCUUCAAUGCCGCAGUAGAAGCACCACGUAACAGUUUCUCCAAUAGUCGUGAUGGAAAAUGGAAACUGGAACCUCAGCAACUCCACACCUCAUCAGCAAGAACUAACUGUAUGCACACUGCCGACCUCUACUUGUCCAGGAGCGAACAAAUGAAUAUGCUUCUACGCAGAAAUGAUCUAACAAAAUCCUUCCACUGCAUCGAAACAUCACACAGGGCAACACGUGGCCCUAUUAUGCUCUCAAACUAACUGUGUAUAGUAUUAAAGACAGCUGUUUAACUUGUUGAUCAUCAAUUUCAUAAAAUACAUUUUUUAUUCUGACUCAAGAGUACACUCCAGUGGAAACACAACAUAUCAAAACUUCAACCUGGAUAAAGAAAUUGGAAAUAGAUGUUUGACAAAAUUAGAGAAUGGAGGGGAAAAAGUGAUAAAUAGACUGGAUAAAUGGAGUCUUCAUGUAGACUGUGUUGAAAUGUGUCACAUUAAUGUGUAGCAUGCAAACUAAAUGUAUGUGUCUAUUUUGAGAAUGUAGACUGUCUUUACUGUUGUUCUUUCAGUGGCAAAUGUAUUAUGUAUUGUAUACAUACUGUAAAAGUAAGCUAGGAUUGAAUAAAUGGCAUGUUCUAUUCCUCCAAAAUACAAAAUUA